AUGACGGUGAUAUCAUCUCCACAGCCGCUUCCUCCGGUGCAGAGCCCAUCCAAGGCGAGAUCCAAACUAAUGUUUUAUGGUCGCUUCAUUUUUGUAUCUACCAUUUUCUUGACGGGAUUCUAUUCUGGGUCCCUCCGAGGGAAUCCUCAGUUCCAACCGAAUAAUAUGUUACUGGCAGAUUGCAACCAGAAGCAAACAAUUUGGGGCAAGGCAGGAGCUCCGAGCGUUCAGAUUUGCAACCAGAAUCCGUACCAGAAAUCUUUGCUCCCAGGGAAUACGCUCGCGUCGGCCGAAUACAAGGCUCAAAAGUGGUUGGCCAACAAAACCAAUGUCCGAGAUGCCAUGUACUGGAACUCAUAUGGAAAGUAUACACACGACAAGUUUGAUGCCUUUGAUGUCAUGGCACCUUGUUCCUUUAAAUGCACGGGAGAAUGCCGAGAAGAUACCAGCAAAAUCGUCUGUGGAGCCGAGACCCUGCAACCCGGCUGUAUCAUUUAUUCCAUUGGGAGCAACAACAAUUGGGUAUUCGAGGAAAAGAUCUACGACAUGACUCCAUGCGAGAUCCACACGUUCGAUUGCACAGGGCCCACCUAUCGCUUUCAGCCCCCCGCGAGGAUUAGUGAUCGACACCGCUUUCAUCACAUCUGCCUGGCAGCCGAGAGUGUACCCCCUCCGGAGCACCCAGAGCCGGAUGUGUCUGGUGAUUAUGGAGUCGUCGGAGCCAUGAAAACUCUUCAAAGCAUCCAGAAACAACUGAAUCACACGAGGUUGGAUCUUUUGAAACUCGACAUUGAGGGAUUUGAAUGGCCCAUAUUCGAGUCUUGGCCUGAACUUGACAACCUAGAAGCUUCCAGCAAAGUAGCGCUACCCAUGCAAAUACUGAUGGAAGUUCAUUAUCGAACUGCCAUGCACGAGCUGUGGCCUGAAAAGGGUGUCAUUUUCAAAGAUGAAGUGGACAUUGUCGAGUUUCAGGCGCAUUUGUUGAGGAUGGGAUACGUCGUGGCGCACAGGGAUGACAACAUGGAAUGCCCUCACUGCACAGAGUUGACUCUCUUGCGGCACAAAUGUGUUGUCGCCUAG